AACCUGCAGAGGGUCAAGCAGAAGCUGGAGAAGGAGAAGAGCGAACUGAAGAUGGAGAUCGAUGACCUCGCCAGUAACAUGGAGACGGUCUCCAAAGCCAAGGGGAACCUUGAAAAGCUGUGUCGCACUCUAGAAGAUCAGGUGAGCGAACUUAAGACAAAGGAAGAGGAGCAGCAGCGGCUGAUCAACGACCUGACGACUCAGAGAGCGCGUCUACAGACAGAAUCAGGUGAAUAUUCACGCCAGCUAGAUGAAAAGGACUCGUUAGUUUCUCAGCUCUCAAGAGGCAAACAAGCAUUCACACAACAGAUAGAGGAACUGAAAAGGCAGCUUGAAGAGGAAAUAAAGGCCAAGAGUGCCCUGGCCCAUGCCCUGCAAUCAGCCCGCCACGACUGUGACCUGCUGCGGGAACAGUAUGAGGAGGAGCAGGAGGGCAAGGCUGAGCUGCAGAGGGCAAUGUCCAAGGCCAACAGCGAGGUGGCCCAGUGGAGGACCAAAUACGAGACGGAUGCCAUCCAGCGCACGGAGGAGCUGGAGGAGGCCAAAAAGAAGCUGGCUCAACGUCUACAGGAUGCUGAGGAGCACGUAGAAGCUGUGAACGCCAAAUGUGCUUCCCUUGAAAAGACAAAGCAGCGGCUCCAGAAUGAGGUGGAGGACCUCAUGAUUGAUGUGGAGAGAACCAACGCGGCCUGUGCCGCCCUGGACAAGAAGCAGAGGAACUUCGACAAGAUCCUGGCAGAAUGGAAACAGAAGUAUGAAGAAACUCAUGCUGAACUUGAAGCUUCCCAAAAGGAGUCCCGCUCCCUUAGCACAGAGCUGUUCAAGAUUAAGAAUGCUUAUGAGGAAUCUUUAGACCAACUUGAAACCUUGAAGCGGGAAAAUAAGAAUUUGCAACAGGAGAUUUCUGAUCUCACUGAGCAGAUUGCAGAAGGAGGGAAACGUAUCCAUGAACUGGAAAAGAUAAAGAAACAAGUGGAACAAGAGAAAUCUGAAAUCCAGGCUGCUUUAGAGGAGGCAGAGGCAUCUCUUGAACAU